UCGCUUAGUAAUAAAACAUUGCAUAGAUAAGGGUCGUCAUCUCCUAAACUGCAGCAGAACUGGGGGAGACAGCAUUUGAUCAGGAAGAAAGCAGGGCUUUUUUCAAAGAAGCAUACUGUGACAAAUCGAAACUUCUGGACUAGGCAGCCGUUGCGGAAACCACAGCCGGAGUAGAAGACACACCUGAUGGAAGGAAGCGUCCGUAAGGAAGAGCAUAAAUCAUAAAGGACUUUUUUCCCGGAAAAUUAGGAGGGAAUAAAAGAACUGAAAAAAAGGACAAAAAAGGAAGGACAAAUACACGGACCAGUCCAAAGAGGAGGCCCUGUUUCAAUUCACCAUGGUGUCUUUAGCACUUGAAUUAGCAGGCAUUAUUCUGGCAGUAAUUGGCUGGGUUCUGACCGUGACCAGCUGCGCUUUGCCAAUGUGGAGGGUCUCUGCCUACAUUGGCGCCAACAUUGUCACAGCUCAGGCGUACUGGGAGGGGCUGUGGAUGAACUGCGUGUUCCAGAGCACAGGCCAGAUGCAGUGUAAGUUCUAUGACUCCAUGCUGGCUUUACCUCCGGACCUGCAGGCUGCUAGGGCGCUCACCGUUGUCUCCAUCAUCCUUGGGCUUGUGGCUCUCCUCAUUGCCAUGAUAGGAGCAAAGUGCACCAACUGUAUCGACGAAGAGGGGGUCAAAGCCAGGGUGAUGGCUGCUUCAGGUGGGGCUUUCAUUACAGCAUCUCUGGCUCAGUUGGUGCCUGUGUCCUGGUCAGCACACACCAUUGUAGUUGAGUUUUACAGUCCAAUCCUCCACAGUGGUCAACAUGGUAGCAUGUACACCAGUAUGUCGAUGGGCCUGGAGAUUGUGGGCAUUGCACUUGGAGCCAUUGGAUUUAUCAUUGCCAUAGUGACAUGUGCACUGCCAAUGUGGAAGGUGACGGCCUUCAUUGGAGCCAACAUCAUCACUGCUCAGACCAUUUGGGAGGGUUUAUGGAUGAACUGUGUGACCCAGAGCACAGGCCAAAUGCAGUGCAAGGUUUACGACUCUUUACUGGCUUUGCCUCGGGAGCUGCAGGCCUCCAGAGCCAUGUUGAUCAUCGCCAUCAUACUGGGUAUUCUGGGAGUCCUGAUCUCUAUCGUCGGCGCCAAGUGCACAAACUGCAUCGAAGACGAGCCGUCAAAGGCCAAAGUGAUGAUCAUCUCUGGAAUCUUUUUCGUCCUCGCUGGACUUCUAGUCCUCAUCCCUGUCUCCUGGACCGCCAGUGUCAUUAUCAGAGAUUUCUACAACCCUCUCCUGACCGACGCGCAGAGGAGGGAGAUUGGGGCAUCACUCUAUAUUGGAUGGGGAGCCGCCGCCUUGCUACUGAUAGGAGGCGCGAUGUUGUGCAGCAGCUGUCCGCCAAAAGAGCAGAAGUACAAGCCACCUCGGAUGGCCUACUCCGCCCCGCGCAGCGCCAGUGCAGGUGGAGGGUAUGACAGGAAAGACUAUGUUUGAUUAGAUAACAUUUUGGUAUAAAAAAAAAAUGAAAAUGAAAAUCUUUGUUGUACAUUCUUUGUCUGUGUUUCUGUGUGUUAUUUGUUAGCUGUUAGAUAGUGAAUCCUAUAUCCAUGAAGACUCCGAGAUGAAGUUGUGUGUACAGAAAAUAAUUCUUUUGAUUUGCUGGCAUUUGUAUUUGCAUUAUUUUAACGCCAUUCUUCUACCUAUACUAUCCAACAGUUGUGACUUCAGACUCAAAGUGAUUCUUCUUCUGAGUACAUGUUGUACAACCGCCUUUGUUGCAUUAUGUGAAUGUGACUACACCUGCUUCUUAAUGUGUGUACAUGUGUGUGUUUGGCUCUAUCGUUAGCUGUUGGCCAGCAGGUGUUGGGUUUCACUAAAACGCAGUGUGUCAUUUCCCUGACAAUACAAGGAAGAGGCAGCUCUCAUUUUACAUGGAUUUGGUUGUGUGAUUGUUCUCUCUGUGUGUGUGUGUGUGUGUGUGUGUGUGUGUGUGUGUGUGUGUGUGUGUUUUGCAUGUGAUAUUUGCUUAUGAGACUUUCUGCUGAGACUGAAACUAAAGAUGGCACCAUGAUAGGGCCUGAGGUAACAGCUUUAUCCUUCUCCUCACAGUUUCACAGUUUAAGGACAUUGAGGGGAUUAUUUCAGUCGACAAAUUUCAACUCACUUAAAUGUGACUUUGUAUAUAUAUAUAUAUAUGAGCUUAUUUUAUAUUUCUGUAAUAUAAAUGUAUUCGCAAUUUGUAUUUUGACUAUUCAUAUUUGACUUUGUCUGUUUUUUUGUUGUAUUUGUUUCAUAAAUAAGUUUCACACAUUUUUUUGUAGCUUUAAUGUGAAACAGAGGCCACAGCCUGAAUAAUUCUGUCUGUAAAACAAACAGUGAGGGCUGAUUCACAAAUGGAUUGUGUGGUAUUUGCACCUGCUAAACUUGUGCCAAUGAGUCAAAAAACAACAUCUAAUUCACAAGACACAAAAGAUUAAAUGUACCACUAUCUGCCCUGCAGAACAAAUAGUGUCUCUGUGUGGCAUUUGCUGUUUGCACAUAUUUAAAUGAGCCAUUAUGCAGUCAUUUCUAUCCUAUCAGCAGCUUUGGAAAAAGCAUCUAAUUCACAAACAACAGGGCUAAUUGCAAUGUGUAGUUGGAGUGAAAAAAAAUACUGUAUGCUGAAAGUUGUUGGUCAAUCGAUUAUUGCAUUUUUCUAAUUCCAACCGAGUCGGGGUUGGAAAGUGUGAUAGCAGGAGAUACAGCAAGAAGGAAAUGCACAGAGACAAACAAAGCAACAACAACAGCAAUAACCACAAUUAAUAAAACAGAUCUACAAUAACAAUACCAGUAAUAAUAGUAAAUGUAUGAGUAAUAGCAGUAACAACAAAAUAUGAUCAGUCUAAUAUUAACAUUAGCCGCUAUAAUGACUACGAAAUAGAACAUUUGUUUCUAUUGGCGACAAUUAAUCUCAUUUUUGGAGGCUGGCUUCACAAUAAACUUGAAAUUGUUUCCUCUGGCCCCCUAGCUCAUUGUCUUUAUGUGGGAAGAAUAGUUCUCUGUCAGCACAACAACAUCCCCACAGAGUAAAGGUGCAGAUAAAUUCUCUCCACAUAGACACAAAACAAGAGCACGCUGUGGUUGUUUGCACCCAAAUAUUUUCCAGCGUUUAGUAAGUUAGACGUUGAGAAAGAGUCUACAGAGGGAGAUAAUGAUGUAUAUAUUAAUAUUAACGAUUACAAUCGUUAACAAUCCAUUCUUAGUGAAUCAGGUACUGAGUGUGUGUGUGUUUGUGCGAUUAAAGCUGUUGAAGGAUGUUUGUUUCCAGAUCAGCAGGGUGUGCUUUGUAGUACUCUAGUCUUUGAAAUAUAGUCGUAUUUUAUCUCCUUCCUUGAGUGCAUUUCAAAGUUGAACAAUUUUCUUAAUUUGCUACUGUCAAAUACUUAACUGUAUACAAUAAUACAAUACAAUCAAUAUUUUUUUGCAGUGCUUAUAUUUUAAAUGUUGUAAAGAUUUCAAUAAAAUGUGAAAUUGAACCAUG